UAUAAGUAUAUAUUUUUUGGUAGAAGUUGUAGUGCUAAUUUUGAACUUUAUUUGUGUUUUGCGCCAUUUUCAUUCUUUCAGUUGUGAAUUAGUGUUUGUUAGCAUACUUAGGGUAGCUGGGAUAGUCAUUUUUACUUAUUAUUAGCUUUAAUUAUAAUUUGAAAUGUCUGCUGGAAGGAAAAAAGAUCCCAUUUGGGUCUAUUAUAAUGAAAAAAUUGAGUUAGGAAAGAAAGGAUCUAAAGCAAUAUGUAACUUAUGCCAAAAAGAAAUGCAAGGAUUGGUAUCAAGAAUGAAAAUGCAUCAUGAAGUGUGUGUAGCAAAAAAUGAAGUUGAAAAGAAGAAAGAUUGUGAACAAGAAAAAGAUGCUUUAGAUGUUACUGCUACUUACAACAGAGGAACAGAUAAUAAAGCUCAAAUUGAAAGCCAAAAUCUGCCAGAUCCUUGUAAUAAGCGUAUUCAGUGUGAUGAAGAUUUGACUGCUACUGAUACUGACAUAAAGAUAAAGAAAUUCAAGACUACAGGUAUUAGCCCAUUUAUAGUGAAAAUGCCAACCAAUCUUAAAGAUACACUAGAUUUACAAGUAGCCAAAUUCUUUUUUUCCUCCAACAUAUACCUUUUCGAUCUGUUGAAAAUCCACAUUUUCUUAAGCUAAUGCAAAUGCUAAGACCUGGGUAUAAACCCCCGAGUGAAAUUGAUUUAGGCAAUCGUCUCUUAAGUGCUGUUCAUGAACAUGAGAUAGAAAAGAUUACUGGUGAAUUAUCUGAACAAACGGUAUGUAUGUCAGUGGAUGGUUGGUCUAAUAUACACAAUCAACCAUUACUUUGUGCAUGUGUUACUACUAUGGAAGGUAAUACUUAUUUAGUAGACACAAUCGACACAUCCUUAACAUCACAUACUAGCCAAAAUUUAGCUGCUGCUGUUACACAAACAAUAAUAAAUGUAGAAAAAAAAUUUAAAUGCCGUGUACGUAGCUUUGUUACUGAUAAUGCUUCAAAUAUGGCAAAAAUGAGGGACGAAUUAAAUGCAAAAUUUGAUAUAAUAUCAUAUGGCUGUUCAGCUCAUUUGCUCAAUCUUUUGGCAAAAGAUUUGCAAGAUUCCAUGCCUAAUGUAACAGAACAUGUUUUACAAGUUAUAACAUAUUUCCGAAAUCAUCAAAUAAUUAGAGCUAAAUACAAUGAGCUUAAAGGUACUGGAUUAAUUCGGCCAACUGAAGUGCGCUGGAAUUCUAUGUGUGAUUCAUUAGAAAGCUACAUCAAGAAUUGGUCAACUUUCAUGCAAGUUUGUGAGGAUAAUAGGGAUGAUAUCGACACCAAUAUCAGGUCAAAAGUCAUGAAUAUGGCAAUUAAAAGAAAUGCAGAAGAUAUGCUUUUAAUGUUAAAACCCAUUUCUGUAGCAUUAGAUAAAAUGCAAAAAGAUAAUUGUAGUUUAUCAAAUGUUGUCAACAUCUGGAAAAAUUUAAAGGAAACUCUGAAAGAUUCUAAUAAUAAUUGCUGCAAAAAUUUUUUUACUAAACGAUAUGAACAAGCGUUAACACCAGCUCAUUUCCUAGCUUACCUCUUGGAUCCUAAUUCUGAAGUACAAUGUUUAACACUAAAUGAAAAAGAUCAAGCUGUAAACUUUGUUAAAGAAAAGUAUGGAGAAACCUCCUUAUUAAGUAUUUUGCUAAAAUUCAUUGUAUGCUCUCCUCCGUUUAAUGGAACUUUGUUUGUUAAAGAAUCUCUAGAAUCUUUAAACAUCUUGGAAUGGUGGAAAUCAAUUGCGCUUCUAAAGAACUGUGUAGGUCAAAAAGAGUUUGAUGCAAUACAGUUGUUAUGUACUGCAAAAGGAACAACUGCAGAGAUAGAGAGGAUGUUUUCCACUUUUGGACUUGUACAUACUAAACUACGGAAUCAAUUGGGUGUAGAAAAAGCAGCUAAAUUAGUCCUUAUGUUUAAAUCUUUAAAUAAAACUAAUUAAAUGAUUGUUUAAAUAAUUUGAUAUUGUAGAUGUAGAAUUAAUAAUUAUCACAUAUUGUUUGAUAAACAAUUUCUUUCUUGAUUUGUAGUUUGAAAUCACUUUGUUAUUGUUUAUUUCUUAUUUCACCUUUUGCUUUUAAAUUAUUAAGAAAUAUUUUGUUGAUAAUGGUGAGUAAUGUUUACUUCCAAUGUAUACCAUAAGUAACAAUAGUA